UCAGUAUCUCACUCGUAGUGGGUCGCAGUGUGGUAACGUCAUUAACCAGCGACAACAGGAGACCAAGCUUCUUUUUUUAAUAACUAAUGCCAGCCUAAAAGCGUUUCAAAAGGUUGCUGACACGAGAGGAGAAUACUAAGACUACUCGUGUGUUCUUUGCUUCCCGGCUGUUCGCUUAAUAUUUGAUCUGGUGGAAAAAGACUAAAUACAAAUUUGAAGACAUGGAUGACGAAGAGCUUGUUGAGUAUUUCAAAACCCAAAUGCGCGAAAACACAGACGUGGCCUCAGCCGUGGCAGCCAUCCGUACUCUCUUGGAGUUUUUGAAGAGAGACAAAGGUGAAACGAUUCUAGGCUUGAGAGAGAACCUGACUAAAGCUAUCGACAAGCUGACAAGCGUAGACUCCUCGGUGGCCGUGUCUUCCGGAGGGGAGCUGUUCCUUCGCUUCAUCAGCCUUGCGUCUCUGGAGCAUCCAGAUUUAUCACAGUGCAAGAAAGUGAUGAUCGUAAGGGGAGAACUUUUCUUGAAAAAAAUUUCACUUUCGAGAGACAAGGUUGCUAAACUGUGCCACACAUUCAUAAAAGACGGAGCUAUUAUACUAACACAUUCCUAUUCGAGGGUUGUUCUGCGAGUGUUAGAGAAAGCAGCUGCAGCUAAGAAACGUUUCACUGUCUUCGUGACAGAAUCACAACCAGACUCAGCAGGGCAACACAUGGCUGAUGCCUUAAGAAAGCUUAAUGUUCCAGUAACAGUGAUCCUUGAUGCUGCAGUUGGGUACGUCGUGGAGAAGGUGGACCUGGUGAUAGUGGGUGCAGAAGGAGUUGUAGAAAGCGGAGGCAUCAUUAACAAGAUUGGAACAUACCAACUGGCAGUGUGCUCCAAAGCACACAACAAACCGUUUUAUGCGGUAGCGGAAAGUUUCAAGUUUGUCAGGCUUUUCCCGCUGAAUCAACAAGAUGUUCCAGACAAGUUCAAGUACAAGGCAGACACACUGAAGAAAUCAAACAAUCUUGCAGAGGAGCAUCCAAUGAUUGAUUACACGCCCCCUUCCUUGAUCACCCUCCUCUUCACAGAUCUAGGGGUGCUGACCCCAUCAGCCGUGAGCGACGAACUCAUCAAACUUUAUUUGUAACACCACUGAUCAUAAUAAAAUUCUUGUGAAGAAGUCUA